UAUAUACAUAUACAUAUAUGUAUGUCACAGCGAGGUGGUGUGUUCACGGUUCAUGUAAGCAUAAGCGCCUAAAUAUUAAUUACGUUACGAAUGUUUUUGCCGGAGUAACACUCAUGUGAUGGAAGGUGUGAUCAAGAACGUAUCACGAAUGACUAAACACAAAGAAAAUGGGAGUCCUCGUUAAGUAUAGAUCUCACAACUUGCAAACAAGUAGCACCGAUGGACGCGGCCAUGUUUCCUGGUAGCAGAAAUCUUGCCCAUUAAUAAUUCAGGAAUUUUGAACCACGAAGUGGAACGUGCAGAAUGCCGAAAUGCGAUGUGAAAACAAGAUAUCUACCAGCUAUGUUCGCGUGGACAGUUCUACUCGUCACUACGACACUUUUCUUUUGCUUCCCGUGUCAGUAUUAUGUCUUUCGGUGGGGUACAUGGGUGCCAGCGCUUCAAGGAGUAAUUACUUUCUUUGUACUGACGAAUUUUACUCUGGCCACAUUCAUGGAUCCAGGUGUUAUACCGAAAGCUCCUCCUGACGAAGAUCGGGAGGAUGACUUCAGGGCUCCAUUGUAUAAGAGUGUUGAGAUCAAUGGCAUUACAGUGCGUAUGAAAUGGUGCGUUACGUGCAAAUUUUAUAGACCACCUCGUUGUUCCCAUUGUAGUGUUUGCAACCAUUGUAUCGAGACAUUUGAUCAUCACUGCCCGUGGGUCAACAAUUGCAUUGGCAGAAGAAAUUACAGAUUUUUUUUCUUUUUCCUUCUAUCCCUUAGCUGUCAUAUGCUUAGUAUAUUUGGACUUUGUUUGUAUUUCGUAUUGGAGCAUAAACAACAGUUAGGAGAAGUGGACACGAUUGUUGCGCUUGUGCUGAUGGGUGUGGUAAUAUUGCUGUUUAUUCCAAUUUUUGGAUUAACAGGCUUUCACGUAAUACUUGUUUCUAGAGGAAGAACAACUAACGAACAGGUAACAGGCAAGUUUAAUGGAGGUUACAAUCCUUUUUCGAAAGGAUGUUUACAAAAUUGUUGGUAUACGCAAUUUGGACCACAAUAUCCAAGUCUAAUUAAGCCUGAUAAAUAUUCAGGAAAGCGGCGUGGCGCGUGUACAUCUGAGAUAUCCACCAUAGACAGUGAGAACCAGGUAAAAACCUACAUGGAUAGCAGCAAUGGUGUUAGAAAUGCCAGUUCAAAUGCUUACAAUAAGUUAUCCCCUGGUCGAGAUGGUUCAGACACAGAUAUGGAACCAACUGCAUCUCAAUCAGCAGAUUGCGAGCCUACACCUCCCUUACAAAGACAUGGUUCUAAAAGUAAUUUCUUUUUGCCACCCGUGGAAAGUAACGAAUCUCCUAGGCAUCCUCAGCCACCACAACAUCGUCAUCCAAUACAUUAUCCUAGAGGCAGUCCUCAUCCAAAGCCAAGAGGGAUGAAUGGAUCGCGUAGUCACACACCAGACCCUUUAUCACCGGAAGUAACCGGUUCUCCUGCUACGGCUCCUCAACGAAAUCAGGGUCAAGGAGGUGCUAGUCCAACAAUGCAACAACGUAUUAAAGCUAUCGGAGUACCUACACCACUUGCCAUUUCCAGUCCCAUACGCAGAUCCAAUCCAGGUACACCGACGCAGGUUCGUCGGCCGGACUUUAUAGGAGUGAAUGAAACACCAACGUAUUAUGACGUUCAACAGGGAAAUAGUAUUGGAGUUGGUGCAGGUGGUACCGUCGUUACCGGUUAUAGUCCGCAACGACGUUUUUUAUCGGAGAGCGAGCUCGUCCGUCAGGGUGCCGAUCACUCAUAUUCAAGAACCAACAAUACCGUUGACAACAUUCGAGAACUUGCAGGAUCUCCACAGCGUGGCGCCUACAUGUGGAAAGAUAAUUCACCAGGCAGCUACCAAGUUCAACAAGGAAGCACAUCAUCGACAACAGCACAUCAGUCUCCUUCUCAAAGACCACCACCUCCUUAUGAUUAUUAUCGCUCGAAUCCAACUAGUCCCACUCAACAAUCUUAUACUACAGCUCCAAGAGCAGCGUAUCAUCCUGCUAUGAGAGGUGGUGUCCCAGUCUUCCCACCCCAUCAGCCACAUCAGCAAUCACCACAAGUUAAAAGAAAGGCUGUGAUGGCGACGCCUACUACACCUACGUCAGGAGAUACCAGACGUAGACCAAUGUCAUUCGUAAGAGCAUUAGAAAUGACGGAUUCUAUGGAAAUGGUCUCGGCUCCUAACGAUCCAAGGUCGCAAAGGCCUACCACACCAACACCAGAUCGAGCUAGUGUCUAUGAUAUGAGUUACGAGAUAUCCGUAUAGCCCAUCUUUCCAGUCUCCGUACAAUCCUACCGUUGGACGGAGAGAGUGCAAAUAUUGUUACCCUUAUGCGUCUCUCGUUCAAAUCAAGAAGGAACGUACAUCACUUAUAAAAUAUCCGUCUGAAGGGGGAAAAAAGCAAGCAGUAGCAGCAGCAGCAGCAGCAGCAGCAGCAGCAGCAGUAGCAGCAGCAGCAGCAGCAGCAUUCGUUGAUAUCGAAAUAACAUCAACGAUGUGAAAUCCUAUCGGUCCAGUCUCUUACAUAUAUAUACAGUCAUUUGUCAUCUAUAUUAUUCGUACAUUAACGCCAAUCAAGAAACUAUUAUUUUCUCGAAGAGACUAGAGUUAGCGUGAUCACGUAAAUUCUAUUAUAUUUGUAAAAUCGAUAAUGAUGAUGAUGAUGAUGAUAAUGAUGAUGAUGAUUGACGAUAAUUAUAAUGCUAAAAAGUAAUGAUGAUGAUGAUUGACGAUAAUUAUAAUGUUAAAAAAUAAUGAUGAGAUGAGGGUAAUGGUGAUGGUGAUGAUGAUGACGAUGAUGAUGAUGAUGAUGAUGAUGAUGAUGAUGAUGAUGAGAUGAGUGUGUGAAAACCGUUAUUAUAUUAUAAAGGCGGCUAACUAGAGCCAUAAGCGAUGUUACAAUAAUCAACGUGCAUAUUUUAAAAAGAAAAAGGGAGAGGGGGAGGGAGAGAGAGAGAGAGAGAUAACAGAUUAAUGCCGAAUUAUUUUCCAUUGCGAACUCGCAUACCAAAUAGAAUAUAAUACCACACGGAGACAUUUCAUUCUCCGUUCCAUCAUAUUUUGGGACUUUUACGACGAUAUAACGUAAACUAUAAACGUGAAAAGUUUUUCGCGUUAUAAGAAAAAUUCUGUGUAAAAUAAUCGUGAAAUGUGUAGUAAAUUUUUAAUAUACAUAUAUAUUUAACAAUAUUUAUACGUAAAUGAUAAAUAUAAGACUUUAUAUAAUUUCACCUAUAUAUUUGUUAUGGAUCCACAUCAUUUUAUUAUGUACGUGCCCACUUAUAAGACUUUGAUUUUUAUGAAAAAAAAAAAAAAAAAAAAAAAAGAAAGAAAACAAAACAAAAAAAAAGGAGAAAAAAAGAAGUCAAACGAACGAACAAACGAACAAACAAACAAACAAACAAACAAAAGAGAAAAAAGAAGAGAAAUUUUUUGUGAAUGUAAGAGAAGUAUGCGAGUGAAUGAGAGCGCAUGUUACGCAUGGCGAGAGUUGAAGAAAACAAACAAAAAAAAAAGAAAAAAAAAACCAUAGAAUACAGUCUUAGGUACAUAUGUACAUAUAUCUCGCUGAAUAUAUACACACACCAAGUAAAUGCUACUUUGCGAAAGUAGAAAGCAAAAGAAGCAUUUGAUUUGUGAUCCGAAGAAAAAAAAAAGAAAGAAAAAAAAAAUUUGUAAUAUACACUUUCGCGUAAAUUGAACGAUAUAUAUAUAUAUAUAUAUAUAUAUAUAUAUAUAUAUAUACAUAUAUAUAUAUAUUUAUAUAAAAUUUGCUGCUAUUAUUCAAUUUGUAAUAUUAUCUCGGCUUUUCAAUGUAUAUGUCAAUUUCGACAUAUAUGUGUAUAUGUGAGGCUUGUAACAACAAGAGCAGACUGUAAAAUUAUUGCUAAACCUUUGCAUAAACGCACUUCGUUUAUAAUGGAAUCGAUAAUCCACGUACUAUUUGAUAGCACAUAUCGUUCUGCUAAGUAACGAUGAUAGAACAUCGAAAUUUCGAGUUGUCAAAUUUUCAAAGAUAUAUAUAUAUAUAUAUACAUAUGUAUGUAUGUAUGUAUUUAUGUAUGUAUGUAUCUAUGUAUGUAUGUAUUUAUAUAUAUUUGUUAUUUGGCAAAAGGAAACUAUUCAAACAUUGUAAGAAGUCCUUCCAUGUCAAACGCUUUUUAAAAGAACAAGAGAAUGUGUUGUUGCCCGCCGUUUAAGAUUUAGCUUCCAUAUAUUCAUUUUUAUAUUUGGAGAAAAGAGAUCUGUGCCAAAAUAGUAUAUCCAUUGCCCUUUCCUUCCUUCCUCUCCUCCCUUUGCCCUUUUCCUUUAAAUACUAUGACAAAGAUAAGGUGUAGAUUCGGUUGCACCACUUUUACUAGAAAUUUAAGUGACUCUUUUAAAGAAAAUAAUAAUAAUAAGAAUGACAACAACAACAACAACAACAACAACAACAAUAAUACUAAUAAUAGUAAUGAUAAUAAUAAUAAUAAUAAUAAUAAUAAUAAUAAUAAUAAUAAAAGAGAAAAAAGAAGGCACGCCUUAAUAACGAGCUAGAACGUAAUAGUUGUUAGCGACUGUUUUUUUUUUUUUUUAUUUAUUUAUUUAUUUUAUUUUUUUUCUUCCUUGUUUUCUCUUAAAGCUCCACUUGAAUUUGCAGUGAAGAUAGUGCAAUCCCGAGACGAUUGUAGUGUUAUUAUUAAAAUGCACUUUAAAUGAGAAAAAGAUAGAAGAAAUGAUAAGAGCAAAAAGAAAGAAAGGAGAACGCAACAACGGUACAACACAAAGAAAAAAAAACAAACAAACAAACAAACAAACAAACUGAUUAAGAAAAAUAAUGCAUAAGAUUUGUGACGAAUGUUUAGUGUUUAUAACUUGGUGUACUUGUACAUAAAUACUGCUCGUUAUUAUCACUUAAAUGUACAUACAUAUACAUUUCGGUACUUACGUAUCGUCUACGAAAUAAAAGUCAUGAAAUAUA